UAAGCAAGUAGAUUAACCAUAGCCUACCAGUCAAUAAACCAGAUGCUAACUAUGAAAAAUCAAGGAUUAAAUUCCAAUCCAAAAAAAUUUAGGUGAUUUAUGUAUUGAUGGAAGGAAGGUAACAAUCGCGAAGUCAAUAAUUUCAUCAAGAUAUAUGUAGUUUGAGACCGUUAAACCAAACAUCAAACAAAAAUUGCAAUAUAUUUCAUUCAAACCAACUUCAAACAUGGACUAUGCCAACUAAAUAAUUGUCUGAAGUGUUUUAAGACUGUUAGGUCAAACAUAUACUAUAUGUGUCUGAAAUAUGUGCAAAUAUACUUGCACACUUCGGUCAUAUGUGAAUGAAGUUUAGUCAUACCAACAAACAUUCAACUACGAGUAUGUCUAAAAUUGUUCUCGAAAUGGAUAAACUUGCAAAAAAAAGUCUCCUAUGACUUAAAUAGUGGUCCCAAAAUCGGAUAUUCGUACACUUCAGCACAGGCUGUGUGUAAACUAACGUUAAGAAAGAAAAUAUUAAAUUCAAUUAAAGGCCAUUGCUCCAAGAAAAUAAAUUAGAGUAAAUCCAGAAAAAUUGCGUCUUGCCAUUCGUCAUCAAUCAUCAAUUGCCUAAAUAAAUUCAAAGGUCCUCUUUAUAGGAUGUUUAAUUUGUUAGUAUUUAAUUCCUUCUUGUUUGUUUACAAGGAUAACUUUUCUAUAAAUAAUAAAUUUCUACAACUAACCUACAUUAUUAGGGAUUAAACAAAUACCUAUAGCCUGCAAGAUACUUCUUGUUUAAUUUAGAGUAUAAAACCAAGAUCUAAUUAUACUUAUUUAUUCUUGUCUAAGCUGUUAAGAUCUUAAUACAAGCUAAUAAAACUAGAUAAUUAUCAGACAUAAUCCUAAUUCUGAUCAACCAUGGACAGUCUUUAUUUGUAUUUCCCAGUUCUCUUCUUUGUUCUUUACAUCAUCAGCUAUCAUUUUCUUCACAAGCUACAAAAUCUUCCCCCUAGCCCAUUUCCAGUACUCCCUUUUAUUGGCCAUCUCUACUUAUUGGGUAAACCUUUCCAUAGAGCUUUAUUCAAAGUCUCGAAUCGUUAUGGUUCAGUAGUGUUUCUUCAAUUUGGCUCUCGUCCUGUCCUCCUUGUUUCAUCACCUUCAGCAGCGGAAGAAUGUUUUACUAAAAAUGAUAUCAUCUUUGCCAAUCGUCCUGAUUUUCUUAGUGGUAAGCAUUUCGGGUACAAUUUUACUAGCCUUGCUUGGUCUUCCUAUGGAGAGCACUGGAGAAAUCUUCGAAGAAUUUCCUCUCUUGAAGUUUUAUCUUCCUAUAGAAUCCAGACACUAUCUAGCAUCCGUUCUGAUGAAAUAAACUACCUGAUUCGUAGACUCUUUAGAGUCUCCAUAGAGAGUUCGGAAAAAAUUGUGGAGAUGAAAUCAUCUCUUUUUAACUUCACGUUCAAUGUGCUAUCGAGAAUGAUUGCAGGGAAAAGGUACUAUGGAGAGAAAGUAGAGAACUCGAAAGAAGCUAAGCUAUUCCAGGAUAUAUCAAAGGCUACAAUAAUAACAAUUCCAAAGGCUAAUAUUUUGGAUUUCUUGCCAUUUAUGAGGUGGUUUGGUUUGCAUGAUGUUGAGGAGAAGAUGAUGGAACUACAGAAGAAGAGAGAUAACUUUAUGCAAAAGGAAAUAGACGAGCAUCGUCGAUUAAAGACCAAUGGUUCUUUUCCUUCAGCAGAGGUUGUGGCAGGGAAGAAGAAAACUAUCAUGGAAGUCUUGUUAGAUUUACAGAAAACAGACCCCGAGUACUACACAGAUGAAACAAUUAGAAGCCUAAUGUUGGUCCUACUCCAAGCUGGAUCAGAUACUUCAGCUGUAACACUAGAAUGGGCUUUUUCACACUUGCUUGACAAUCCAGAAAUCUUAAAGACAGCGCAGACAGAAAUUGACAAUCAGGUUGGACAAGAUCGCCUAAUUGAUGAAUCCGAUUUGGCUCAACUUCCAUACAUCCGAUGCAUCAUCAAUGAGACAUUGCGGAUGCAUCCAGCAGCCCCUUUACUUGUGCCUCACCUUUCAUCAGAAGAGUGCAAGGUUGCAGGCUAUCGAGUUCCGCGUGGAACAGUCCUAUUAGUGAAUGCAUGGGGGAUACAUCAUGACCCUAAGGUAUGGGAGGAGCCACAAAAGUUCAAUCCUGGUAGAUUUUUAGGCUUUGAAGGUGUCAAAGAGGGCUGCAAGUUUAUUCCAUUUGGAUCAGGAAGGAGGGGUUGCCCUGGUGAGAACCUAGCAAUUCAUGUCAUUGGAUUGGCACUAGGCUCACUUCUUCAAUGCUUUGAGUGGGAUAAGCCCAAUAGGGAGAUCAUCGAUAUGAGUGAAGGCACUGGAUUCACACUUUCACCAAAGGUUCAGCCGCUAUUAGCAAAAUGUUCUCCACGACUACACAUGGUUAAACUUCUUUCUGAAAUCUAAUCCUAACCAAGAUUCUAAUAAUGUACGCCAUUACUUCCACAUGAAUAACUAAGCAAUUUUAAGAUC